AUGGAUGAGGAUCGACCUUUAGCGGAGACAUGGAGGAGACACAGAGGAGACAUGGAGGAGACACAGAGGAGACACAGAGGAGACAUGGAGGAGACACAGAGGAGACAUGGAGGAGACUCAGAGGAGACAUGGAGGAGACUCAGAGGAGACACAGAGGAGACAUGGAGGAGACACAGAGGAGACAUGGAGGAGACUCAGAGGAGACAUGGAGGAGACUCAGAGGAGACAUGGAGGAGACAUGGAGGAGACAUGGGGGAGACUCAGAGGAGACAUGGAGGAGACAUGGAGGAGACAUGGAGGAGACACAGAGGAGACAUGGAGGAGACACAGAGGAGACACAGAGGAGACAUGGAGGAGACACAGAGGAGACAUGGGGGAGACUCAGAGGAGACAUGGAGGAGACACAGAGGAGACAUGGAUGAUACUCAGAGGAGACAUGGAGGAGACAUGGAGGAGACUCAGAGGAGACAUGGAGGAGACUCAGAGGAGACAUGGAGGAGACUCAGAGGAGACAUGGAGGAGACUCAGAGGAGACAUGGGGGAGACUCAGAGGAGACAUGGAGGAGACACAGAGGAGACAUGGGGGAGACUCAGAGGAGACAUGGAGGAGACAUGGAGGAGACACAGAGGAGACAUGGAGGAGACAUGGAGGAGACAUGGAGGAGACACAGAGGAGACAUGGAGGAGACUCAGAGGAGACAUGGAGGAGACUCAGAGGAGACAUGGGGGAGACUCAGAGGAGACAUGGGGAGACUCAGAGGAGACAUGGGGGAGACAUGGAUGAGACACAGAGGAGACAUGGAGGAGACACAGAGGAGACAUGGGGGAGACUCAGAGGAGACAUGGGGGAGACUCAGAGGAGACAUGGAGGAGACACAGAGGAGACAUGGAGGAGACUCAGAUGAGACAUGGAGGAGACUCAGAGGAGACAUGGAGGAGACUCAGAGGAGACAUGGAGGAGACUCAGAGGAGACAUGGAGGAGACUCAGAGGAGACAUGGGGGAGACUCGGAGGAGACAUGGAGGAGACACAGAGGAGACAUGGAGGAGACUCAGAGGAGACAUGGAGGAGACUCAGAGGAGACAUGGGGGAGACUCAGAGGAGACAUGGGGGAGACUCAGAGGAGACAUGGGGGAGACUCAGAGGAGACAUGGGGGAGACUCAGAGGAGACAUGGAGGAGACUCAGAGGAGACAUGGGGGAGACUCAGAGGAGACAUGGAGGAGACAUGGAGGAGACAUGGAGGAGACUCAGAGGAGACAUGGGGGAGACUCAGAGGAGACAUGGAGGAGACAUGGAGGAGACAUGGAGGAGACAUGGAGAGACUCAGAGGAGACAUGGGGGAGACUCAGAGGAGACAUGGAGGAGACAUGGAGGAGACAUGGAGGAGACAUGGAGGAGACAUGGAGGAGACUCAGAGGAGACAUGGAGGAGACUCAGAGGAGACAUGGAGGAGACUCAGAGGAGACAUGGAGGAGACUCAGAGGAGACAUGGAGGAGACUCAGAGGAGACAUGGAGGAGACAUGGAGGAGACUCAGAGGAGACAUGGGGGAGACUCAGAGGAGACAUGGGGGAGACUCAGAGGAGACAUGGGGGAGACUCAGAGGAGACAUGGAGGAGACUCAGAGGAGACAUGGAGGAGAAUCAGAGGAGACAUGGAGGAGCCUCAGAGACAUGGGGGAGACUCAGAGGAGACAUGGGGGAGACUCAGAGGAGACAUGGGGGAGACUCAGAGGAGACAUGGAGGAGAGCAGGGUGAAUACUGCUGAGUCAUCAGCCAUCAGCCUUAUGUAA